AUGGUAUUCGAUCACAAGAAUGAAUCCGCAAACCAUCAUACCUCAGACAAGUUCGUUGAUGCAAAGGCUGUCGCAGUACAUGAUACGGAUAUCGAGGCGUGGAGGGCGGGCACGUUGAGGACUCUUGAUCUCAUCUCGGAGGGAGAUAUCCUGGCUCUAAAAACAACGGGAGGUGGCCCAGCAGUCUCAAUGGCAUUCAGCAAAGGCGAACUGCCACCCCAACAGAUGCUUGACGCCCUUGACGAGAUCGCAACUAAGUGCAAAGAGCGCAAUGUCCAGAUCAUCGUCGACGCAGAGUCUCAGCACUGGCAGAAAGGCAUCGCUCGUACAAGUCUUGAGCUGAUGCGGAAGUUCAACCGCGAUGGCAAAGCAGUCAUCUACAACACCUACCAAGCUUACCUCAAAGACACCUCAGACGUACUCGCAUACCAUAUGGCAGAGGCAGAGAGAGACAGCUUCACACUUGGUCUUAAGCUCGUUCGAGGCGCAUAUAUUCUCUCCGAUAACCGUUCGCUGAUCCACGACACCAAAGAAGAUACGGACAACGCCUACAACACCAUAGCUCAGGGUGCUCUUCGUCAGCAAAUCGGUAUAUUCGGUGCUUCCGGACCCUCUGCACGCCCGUUUCCCUCUGUGAAUCUAUUUCUCGCCUCUCACAACCGCGAAAGUGUACUCUCAGCCCAUAGACUUUACCGUCAGCGCUUGGAAGCUGGUCUACCAACUGUGCCUGUCGCGUAUGGACAGCUUCACGGCAUGUCCGACGAAGUCAGCUUCUCCUUGCUGGCUGAGAAGAGCGAGAAUGGUAAGGCGCCCGAGGUAUUGAAGUGCACGACCUGGGGUAGUAUGGGCGAGUGUGUAGGGUAUCUGCUUCGUAGAGCAGUAGAGAACCGCGAUGCUGUGUUAAGGACUAAGGAUGAGUUUACCGCGUUACGGAAGGAGGUUAAGAGGAGGUUUUUCUGGGCAUAA